AUGUCGCGUAAACUGGACAGCCCAGUGCAGACCCAGAUGGCAGUGGCAUUAUUUAGCAACCCACUCAGUGCGGAGUAUCAUGGAAGCAAGAGAAUGGAAGGGAAGCAGUCCACUGGCAGGAGGCGAGUUUUUGUGCAAACAGAAACUGGGUGUGUCUUCGGGAUGGAAUUAGAUCGCAGUGAUAAUGUCCAUACUGUGAAGAGAAGAUUGCAAAUUGCUCUCAAUGUCCCAACCGAUGAAAGCUCUCUGACAUUUGGGGAUGUAGUGUUGAAGAAUGAUCUUAGUGCAGUUCGGAAUGAUUCCCCUCUUCUUCUCACAAGGAACCUUAUGCAUAGAAGUUCAUCAACUCCAUGCCUCUCACCCACUGGGAGGGAUCUACAGCAAAGAGAUCGGAGUGGCCCUAUAGAGAUACUAGGGAAUUCAGAUCAGUUUGCUAGAACAACACAAGUUGUCAAGGACAUGGUCAAGGCCAUUAAGAUGGGGGUUGAUCCAAUUCCUGUUCAUAGUGGGCUUGGAGGUGCAUACUAUUUUAGGAACAGCAGAGGUGAGAGUGUUGCAAUAGUGAAGCCAACUGAUGAAGAACCUUUUGCGCCUAAUAACCCAAAAGGCUUUGUUGGUAAGGCUCUUGGGCAACCAGGUUUGAAGCGUUCAGUACGGGUUGGGGAGACUGGUUUCAGAGAAGUCGCAGCUUUCCUGCUUGACAAAGAUCACUUUGCAAAUGUGCCUCCCACUGCCUUGGUGAAGAUCACUCACUCAAUCUUCAACAUAAAUGACGGGGUGAAUGGGAACAAGACUCCCCAGAAGAAGCUGGUUAGCAAGAUAGCAUCUUGCCAGCAAUUCAUACAACACGAUUUUGAUGCAAGUGAUCAUGGGACCUCCAGCUUUCCAGUAGCUUCUGUGCAUCGUAUAGGGAUAUUAGACAUUAGGAUUUUUAACACAGACAGGCAUGCAGGGAAUCUUUUAGUUAGGAAACUUGAUGGUGUCGGGAUGUUUGGUCAAGUGGAGCUCAUUCCGAUUGACCACGGCCUUUGUUUGCCAGAAACAUUGGAGGACCCCUACUUUGAGUGGAUUCAUUGGCCUCAGGCUUCUAUUCCAUUUUCGGAUGAUGAGCUUGAGUACAUAGAAAAACUUGAUCCAUAUGAGGAUUGUGAAAUGCUGCGAAGGGAGCUUCCCAUGAUUCGAGAGGCUUGUCUCAGGGUUUUGGUACUCUCCACCAUUUUCCUGAAGGAGUCUGCUGCAUAUGGUCUCUGUCUUGCUGAAAUAGGUGAAAUGAUGAGUAGAGAAUUUCGUAGCGGGGAGGAGGAACCCAGUGAACUUGAGGUAAUUUGUAUGGAGGCGAGGAGGAUGCUAGCUGAGAGGGAGGCCUUGUCCCCCAAGGCUGAUUUGGUGGGAGAUCAGGAGUUCCUAUUUGACAUAGACUGUGAGGACACAGAGUUAGACUAUACUUUAAAGCUUGCAGCAGAUGAUUAUGUUAGCAGGACACCCUUUCAAUUUGGAAAUGGCAGUGGGCAUGGCCGCUCUCCUCUCUCUAAACUGGAAGAAAGCAUUGAGGAGGAAGAGGACAGUGAAGUGGAAGAGCAAGAGGCAUUAGCAAGUCUGCGAUCCCCUGAAAGGGUCCCAAGCGUUUCAAAGCUUUCAAUGUCGCUGAAGAAUACAGUUUUGGGUGAGAAGAGCCACCUGAAAUAUACAGGAACAAGAGCAGAGAAUGGAUACAUGGCGAAUACAUCAUCUGGACACAGGAGUGCAAAUGAGCAGCUUCCUGCAAGCAUGAGCUUUGUGAAGCUGGCUGACAUGAGUGAGGACGAUUGGGCUUGGUUUCUAGAGAAGUUUCAAGAUCUGAUGUACCCGGCGUUUGCUAAACGCAAAUCUAUUACCCUAGGUCAGAGGCAGAGACAGAGGCUUGGCACGUCGUGCCAGUUUUGA